AUGACCGGUGGCCGGUUACGUAGAGAUGCGAGUGGCCCCGUCCUCUUUCAGCCCACAGCUUCAGCUUUUUCCCCCUCUUUUCCUUUUGGUGUUUCCGGGAACGCGCAGUAUUUUGGGGCGUCACGACUCACGUCUUCCUCAUUUUCCUCCACUUCUAUCAGCCACAGUCUGACAUCAAACACCCAUCUUGCAAUUCUUUUUCUUCUCCUUCUGCAUCAUUUCUCUGACAAACCAUGGUCUCUUUCUAUCUUUUCUCCUUCCUUGGCUUCCCUCUCCUUCAACUCUGGCGUCACUUCCACCACCUAUCGUCCAGGAAGUUCCGUGUUUGGAGGGCUAAGACUCGUGAACGAGGUUCAGUUGCAGAUGGCGGCAACCACAGCAUUACCUCUUGCUGGCGAUUUUGCGACUAAAAUCUCUUGCCCCACUGUGCAGGCUCAACCAGAAACUCUGCAAAUUGUCCAAAGCACCAUUGCAAAGCAACUUUCUGUUGACGAAAGCAUUGUGACUUUCAAGAUUAUAUUUGCGGAUCUGGGUUGAAAUUAUGCUGGCUUUGGAAGAGAGGUUUGGGAUUUCCAUGGGAGGAGGAGGAGCUGAGAACAUCUCCACCGUUCAAGAUGCUGCAGAUCUGACUGAGAAGGUGAAGGCUCAAUCCUGAAACCAGACAUACUGAUUCCGUCAUAGAUUGAAGAAUCAUUCUUCGUUCCUAUCAGAUUUUUUUUUUUUAAAUGAAAAACUGAAUAUCUAA